AUUGACUGAAAGUUUAGAGUGUGAUUUCCCCGUCAGAAUCUGUCUGAGAAGCGUCAGACUGCAGCUUCCUCAGACCCUCUGCAGUCACAAACCUCCCUGCCGCACCGUGACCCUCACUUUCAUCUUUUUUGUCCGUUUUAUUUUGCUGAUCUCAUCUGUGACCUCCCCCGCUCCCUUGAUGGGCUAAAAUUGCUGAACAUGUAUAGUCAAAGCAAACAGUGAUGGGGCUUAAUAAAGACGCGGGGAGCGGGGAGGCGGAGCUCCGGUCCUCGCAGCAGCUGCUGCAUUGGCUCCCGGCGCAGCAGCGGGAGGGGCUGAGGGAGAGAGAGAGGGAGAGAGACGGUCAGAGGAGGAGGUGGGCUCUCGUUGGGAGAUAGGGAAUGCCCGUUAGUUGCGUCUGCCGAUAAUAGCACAUCAGCCAGUCGCUGCUACGGCGGGAGCAGAGGCGGAGCAGACGACUGAUCCGCUCAGCGGCUCACUGGAGAGGACGGGAUCACACAGAGAGAGGCAGACGGAGCAUCAGCACGUGUAGAGGAAGAGGAGGACCACUGAGGAAGCAGAGGGGAGAGGAAAGUUCUCCCACUGGAGCAGCGAGUCGGGAGGAGAGUGGCAGUCCUGUCAGAAGGGAAGAGCAAUGCUCCUGACAGGACGCUCCAACACAACUUACUUGAGGAUUACUCCUGCAGAGCUGCAGCACUGAGCGGCGCCUGUGCAAAUCACAAAGUUGGAUGUAGCUCUGCAUCCCUGCGCCUUCCCUUUUUUUUUUUUUUUUUUUUUGUUGCUUUGAAGUAAAGAUUCUGGAGACAACUCUUUCUGUCCUGUCACCUCCGAGACUAUGUUAGAGUGUGCGUCCGAGAGCCGCUCAUCAUCAGCUGCAGCCCUAGAGUAUGGAGAAGUCCAGCAGUGAGGAGUCAGCCAUUCACCGUAGUCCCUCCGUAGACAGCCGCGACUCCGACUUUCCUCAAGCCUCCACAUCUGGCCGGCCGUUUGGCGGCCGAGGCUUCACUGCCGGCGCUUUCUACGGCUCCACGGGGCCGCGCAAAAACGCACAACAGGGACAGAGCGGAGCGGCGGCGGCGGCUGACGCCGGCACGGCAGACAAGACCAACAAGUACAGCUCGCCCAAAGGCAGCAAAUACGUGGUCUUUUACCUGGAUCUAUCCUUUGUGUUCCUUCUAGAAUUCAAGAAGUGCAACAUGGCGAGAGGCUGUCUGUGCUGCCUGAAGUAUUUGAUGUUUGUCUUCAACCUCAUCUUCUGGUUAUGCGGCUGCGGGCUGCUCGGCGUGGGCAUCUGGCUCUCCGUGUCACAGGGCAGCUUCGCCACCUUCUCACCCUCGUUCCCCUCACUGUCGGCUGCCAACAUGGUCAUUGCCAUCGGCGCAAUCGUCAUGGUAACUGGCUUUCUUGGCUGCCUGGGUGCCAUCAAGGAGAAUAAGUGCCUGCUUCUGAAUUUCUUCAUUGUUCUGCUGGUAAUUCUUCUGGCGGAGCUGAUAUUACUCAUCCUGUUCUUUGUGUACUCGGAUAAGGUGAGGAUGAACGCCAAGCAGGACCUGAAGGACGGCCUGGCGCUCUACAACUCUGAGAACAACUUGGGCCUCCGGAACGCCUGGAACAUCAUCCAGGCCGAGUGGAAGUGCUGCGGCGUGAACGCCUACAGCGACUGGUACGAGGCCCUGAAGGAGAAGGUGGUUCCGGACCGCUGCUGCCAGGAGCACUACCAGAACUGCGGGCGCAACACCACCAGCAUGUUCUGGGAGCGGGGCUGUUUCGAGAAGGUGGAGGAGUGGCUGGACGACAACAAGCACGUGCUGGGAACCAUAGGGAUGGUCAUCUUGGUCGUGCAGCUCCUGGGAAUGGCGUUCUCCAUGAUCCUCUUCCACCACAUCCACAGAACGGGGAAGAAGUACGACGCUUAGCCUCCUCGGACGGCGGAUGGGAUUGGAUCCGUUUUCCCGUCAUUUUUAAUCUCCUCCCCAGAUCUGUACAGCUUCCAGACGAGUUCCUUCCCUUCUCCGCUCCUUCAUCUUCUCAUUUUGCCAAAGAGUAACACAACUGGAAGGGACAACAACAACGAGGGACGUUCGGCGUGGAAGAGCAUCCCAUCUGUUGGCACUCUUCAUUGUAUUAGUAUUAAUACUACUUUUUGCUUGGACUAACACUUUACUGGAGCGGACGGAGGAAGACUUUCUUAAAGCCUCUCAAGGCAGAGACACCCAUGAAACUGGAGACUUCUUCAGGCCCCGCCCCCUUUGUAAAUGACCCGAUACGGCAUGACGGUUUUUCUCUUCCUUCAGCGUAGAUUUAUUUUUCAGCACUCCUGUGGAAUGUAAGCGGUCGAUCGUGUGAAGGCGCUCGCCUUCGGAGGCGGGCGUCUCACGCCGAAGCGUCAGAGGAAGUGAGUUUAUUUUAUACCAAAUUUUCUAGAUUCAUCUGAAAAAGGAAGUGAGGUGGAAUCAUCAUUUAUUCCAGGAUGAAUCUCUUCUUUACUGGAUUGUAUGAUUUGUGUGUUUUUGUCCAAUCAUGCGUCUCUGCAGUCAUGGAUGGUUCUGGCGUUGGAGGCGAGACGCUUCCUCCAGGCCCCGCCCUUCUUUAGCCUCCGUCUCUUCCAUCCCAGCAUCCCUCCUUCAUGCCGCUCACGCAGCAGACAUUCCUGCUCAUUACUCAGUUACACCUCUGGUUCGUAACUCUUCACGUGGCGCCGGGAGACGAAGCCGCUGCAGCACAGGCAGAUCAAAGGCCAGGCAGAUAGGUACGGCGGCGCCCUGUAGGACACGUCUGUUUCUGUCUGUUUACACGUGAAUGCGCCGCAGGAGGCCCGAGCCUCAGACGGAGAACGCCCUCUGGGGCUCCAGAUCUCCUGAGAUGAAGCGUUCUGAAGAAACAGCUCAUUGUGAGGACGAUGAGGUCAUCACUUCAGCUGUUAGCUUUAGACCAGCGUGACCUUCCUGAGGGUUCUGUUCAUUUAGAGCAGAAAUGAAUGAACUGAAGAACACUCGUCUUAGAGUUAAAGUCCCACUCCGAUCAUCUUCUGAUCUGUUUUCAAAGCGUUCUCAGAGCUCUUUUCUAGGGCUGGAUAGUGUCAAUCAUUUCCAAAACCGAUUUAAUUCAGAUUUUUUUAGAUUUUUUUUGAUCCUCUCAAUUAAAUAACAUUUUGAGUUUACACAUUUAGACUCAUUUGUUUAAAAAUACAUUCAUAAUGUUUUGAAGAUACUCAAAAUAAUCUGAUACAGUUCACAUACUGUAAAAUGUACUAGUGAAAUAAUGAUAUUAUAUCAUACGUGGAUUCUAAAAUGGAGAAACUAACAAUUGUUCUGCUUCUCCUGGAGGACGUUUCAGUUUGGCCACUAGGUGGCGAUCAUAUUAUAGCAAUACACCUUAAUCCAGAAGAAGAAGAAAGAAUGAACAAAAAACUGAAUUAUACG